UAUACACAGAGCUUGAGUGAAUUUGUGCUGUUCAAGGCAUCAUGGAGAAUCCGGGAGGUUUGAUCGAACCUCUGGAAAAUAGUGACAUGAUCGCUGAUAAAAUUGGCGGACUUCUUCGAGAUGCGCAAGGAACUUCCGAUGUCAAACAAAAGCUGGAUUGCCUUAAUAAGGCCCAAGAUAUGCUACUGAGCGCUGAUAGUUCUGGUCAUUUGUUGGAUAAUUUUCUAGAUGAAAUGCUUGAGUUCACAUCUUCCGAGGAUUAUCAUAUGCGGUGUUUCUCUGCAAAUUUCAUAGAGAAAGCUUGCAAAAGAGAUGCCGAUGUAUUGAAGAAAGCGAUCGCACACCUGUCGUAUUUGCUGAUGUCGGAUAGCCAAUCUCGAGGAGGGGUAAUGGUCAUGAAACGGGUCAUAACAGUCUGUGCCAACAUCUAUCCUUAUAUUCUGAAAUGGGCUUGCAGUAGAAAGGUAGAUAGUGAUGCUGAAAAAUGCUGGGAGGCAUUUUCUGUGCUCAAGGGACGCAUAGUCAGUCAUGCGGAUUCGGACAAUGAAGGAAUUCGGACAAUGACGUUCAAGUUUUUGGAAGCGAUUGUAUUAUCGCAGUCUCCGAAGACUGAGGAAAGCGAUACUAGUAGAGGUGAAGAUGUGAUGUCACUUAGCGAUGUCCCUCGAGACCAUCGAUUUAUCUCGUAUCGAAAGCUCCAGUCAGAAGCAACGCUCAAUCUUCAAUCGCUUUUAGAUCAGACCACAUUGCCACAUAUCUCCGCUCAAAAUCUGCUCACUGUUCUUACGGUUCUUUGCACUAUUGCAAGACGGAGGCCCGAAUAUAUGGCGCGAAUUUUGGACUGCCUUGAGGCGCUUCAUAUCAACCUGCCUCCCACACUUGGUGCAAGUCAGGUAAAAUCUAUGAGGAAAGAGCUGAAAGCUCAUCUUUUGCGAAUCCUCAAGCAUUCAUCUUCUCUGCAUCUUCACCCGAGGAUAACCACUCUGUUGACCGACUUAGGAGCUUCACAAAGUGAGAUCAAUAGGAACAUGCCACCAAAUAUUGCCGAAUUACGCAAGAAAGCGUCGAAACGACAGAGUUCGACUGAAGAGCCAGCAGCAAGAAAGAAAGCGAGGAGCAGUGACGAAGGUCCUGGAGUUGUUUUGGACGAUGACGAGUACCAAGACGAUGAACCCUCUACUUCGGACACAUCAGCUGCGAUCCCAGAUUCUGCUCAUCAGUCAGCGAUAGAUAUCACAGCAGAGUGGAUCUACGAGCGACUGAAUCCUAAGCUUGUAGCUAAUCUUGUGCUCAUCUCUCUGGUUACCCUGCCAGAUGAAAUGCCUGCAGCCUUUGCUUCGAGUUUUACGCAGAUAGCAACUGCUGGAACAGAGCAACAUCGUCGCCAUCUGGCUCGAAGUAUGGCCACACAAGCUACUGCUCAAGAAUUGGGACCUGGUGCGGAGCAAAUGCGAAAGGAGAAAUUGGCCAAGUUUAUGGAGAGACAAUCUGCUCGCAGAGACGGUGCAUUCGUUCCCCCUACUCCAGCUGUACACUUAGGUGGCCAUCAGAAGCAGAAACCACCGUUAGUUCCAGUAGGGGCGCUGCCCGGACCGACAGCAACACCGCUUCCGGCAGUUCCCAAAAUCAAACAGCAAUUCAACUUGUUCACGAAUACCAAAGAACUUUCGAAGGAGGAAAUGGAAGCCUUGUUUGACAGUUGCUUCAUAUCCAUAAUGAAGGCUGAAAGGCGAGCACGACAAGGAGGUACCAUGUCUAUGCAUCAUGUUGUGCUAGUCCGAAUAGCUACUCGAUUCCAUCCACUGCCACAGAAAUUGUAUGAUGAACUUAUCGAGUUUAUUGUUGAUGUGUCGCAACAUCGAUAUCGAACCGAUCUUGCUCUUUUAUGGGUAACAGAGUUGUAUUCGCAAUAUCAAGGAUUUACUGUGUGCUUCAAUCAUGAUUAUAUGUCAAACUUUGGCCGAGCGCCAAGGAGUGAGCUGUUUGAGAGAUUCGACACUACUCUAUGCAGCUUGUUGCAAAAGCUACUAGACAAAGGCCAACACAAGGAAGCGUUGUUUCACAAGCUUCUUUUGGAUUGUCCACUUGUUACAACGAAUGCGUUAAAGAUUUUGGAAAAAGCUUGUUUGGAUGAGUUAUACUGCGCCUUCGGCAUGACUACUUUGCGAGAACUUUUGCUAACACGAAAUCGACAACGUGGAGAACUUAUCGAUAUGCUGUUUAAAUUAUGUUUCCAUGAGCGUAAUGAGGUGAAGCAGUUGUGUGUUGAUACACUCAAAGAAUUAUGCUCUUUGAAAUACAUGCAUCGUGAUCUGAAGAUGAAACUCAUUGAGCAGUUGAACGAAUGCACUUUGCCAACGCCUCCUCCACAUUUUGUUAGCUAUAGCAAUGCCAAAGAAUUCAACGAAGCUAUCUACCGCAGCGGGAUAUAUCUCUACCUCGCAAUUCUUCCUUUGGAUACUUCACUACUUUUUCCAUUAGCCGAAGCUUAUACGAAAUCAUCAACACUUCUUAAGAAGAUAAUGCUGAGAUCGAUCGAAACCGCCAUAAAAGCAAUUGGAAUGGACAACCAGGACAUGCUGCAUUUGCUCGAAGAGUGUCCCGUUGGAGCCGAAUCUUUCGUGGCUCGAGUAGUGCACUUGUUAACUGAAAGACAUACUGCAACCAGGGAAGUGGUGUCGCGAAUGAAGGCGCUUCACGAAUCACGAAACACCGACGUUCGCUCGCUCAUUCCUGUCAUCAAUGGUCUAGAGAGGGAGGACAUCAUCAGGAUCUUGCCUUUGUUCAUAUUGAAGCCUGCUUAUCAGAAUUCUGUAGGACUUGUUUUCAAGAAGUUGCUCACUGGAAAGAAUGUGGACACGGGUGAACCGACUCUCAGCGCUCCUGAGCUCAUCUACGAAUACCACAAAGUGCAACCAUCGUCCUCGGAGGAGUUUGAAGUGCAGACUGCUAAUUUGCGGGAAUUGCUGGAUUCACGGGCUAUGACCAGAGAAGCGGUGGCUGAUGGAAUAGAGCGGCUUAUGGAUCUCAAUCCGCUUCCAGCACUAUUUUACUGCACCCUUGUAAUUGUGUACAAAAAGUACCCGUCUUUGGACAGUUUUCUUGGAAAUAUUGUUCAAAAAGUCAUAGCCAAGGAUCUUUCCUCACGUGAUGAAAUCACUCGGAAGGCUUUCUAUAGAGCUCUCAAUAGCCUCAAAACUGUUGCUUAUUCUGCCAUUUUGACCAAGUUUACUAUGGAAGAAUUUGAAGAGUUUUUGGCAUACAGCAACCGUGCUGAAACGCUAUCGGCAUUGAAGGAAUUCCUUCCCACUUUAUCAACCCAUCAGCAAAAGAACAUCAAUGAAGCUAUAAUAAAUAUGAUCAAAGACAAAGAUGAAAAGAAGGAUAAAGCCAAGGAUGAGAAAGAACAUAAGGAGGAUAAGGAGCGAGAGCGAAUACGACUGGAUCGACGAGAUCGCGAAAGAAAAGAACGCCGAGAACGCGAUGCUCGAUAG